UUUUUUAUGGGAAAAUAACAUGGGGAUUUUGAAUUAUCGCACCUGUUCAACUCUCGCAGGGACGAAUAAAUCGGAAAUGCAGAUGUUUUGCUCUGCACAGUUUUGUCCUCUGCCUUCAAGUGGAUACUGUGAUCUUCAGUACCUGAAGAUGGUUCAAUCACUCCCCCCACCCAUACAGUAUUGUCCCUACUAGUCAGAAUUGAUCCGACCACCCUUCAGUUGCAAGUCUCCGCAGCCAAGUGGUACCAAUCUGAAAAUCAUACUCAUUCUGCUCUUAUCUAUUUUAUCACUUGAUAAUUAUCAAAUAGCUCUUUGUGAAUUUCUCACUUUGAAUGACUGGAAUGUUGGUCAAUGCAAUGCUAAAGUAUAUCACACGAGGAGCGGUCACUAAUGGUGAAGCGGCUGAGUUUACAUUAGUUGUGCCAGCCUUGCAGGAUAUCCUCACUCACGUAAUGCCUCUAAUCAGAAAUUAAUAAAUUGUUGAACCAGUCAUAUCUAUUGCAUCUCUUAUUACUAUUACUAUUAUAUUUCUAUUGCCCCUCUAUGCUUUUAUUAGCUAUUCCUGUUUGCUUUUGUUAUGUAAAGCACAUUGAAUGACCUCUAUGAAAUGCGCUAAGCUGUAGGCUAAAUAAAGUUGACUUGGCUUGACUUAUUAAAUUCAUUGUGAGGUUUUUCCCCCAUCUGUAGUGUCUGAUGAUGAUUUCUGAUUAAUCAUUAAUUUAGUUGAUGCAGUGCAUGUGUAUGACUUUGCACCGUUAGUAUAUUACGAACAGGCUAUAAAGACACAAAUGCUCUUUGAACUUUGCUCCCAAAGUCAUGGGAGUGUGUACAGUUCCUUCUUCUUCGGUGGAGCAGUGCUCACGAUAGAAUAGGGUUUAAAAAGCGAAUAAGAAAGAUAUCCUCUAAUGAUCUGAUAUUUUAACUAGACUGUAUUUCUUUUGAACCAAAUUGUCUCGUGAAACACCAUGUGUCCUUUAGGCUAUUUCAAAUGCUGGGAGCGGUAACUCAGCGACAAUAUGGGGACUUCUCCGUAUGUUUGGAUUGUGAUCCUCUCGGCCUGGUGGUUCACAGACUUCAUUCACAGUCUUCCAGUGGAAACCACUAUAGACUGCACAACAGGGACAACUGUGCCUCUGGGGGAAGUAGAUGAAAAAUAUGCAGGGGACAUAGACAGUAUUAUCAGCAUUCCAAGUGGGACGGAGCUAACACCGGACUUUACACAGUGUCCACAGUGUGAACAGUUUCUGGAGUUUGUCUAUGUCGUCUCCAUAACAAAUGCUACAGUGAAAACAAAGACUCCACUGGAUGCAGAGGCAUUAACAGAAACAGGAGGUAUCUUAUCCUACUCCAUCACCUGUACAUCCACUGGGGUGACAAAUGGUCGAAUAGUACGGAUCAGAGAUCUGAAUGACAAUGCUCCAAUCUUUGAAAAAGCGGAGUACAUUGCAAAUAUAGCAGGGACUUUAUCUGAGGGUGAUGAUGUGGUCCAAGUGAAAGCAGUGGAUGCAGAUGCCAGUCCAAUCAACAACCGUAUAACCUACAGCCUUCUGGCCACAGAGUCCAGCGCAACGUUUGCUGUGGAGCCAUCUAGUGGACAGGUGUAUGUAGUGUCUGCUGCUGGUCAGAUAGAGAAUGUGACUCUGCAGGUGAUGGCAUCAGACCCACAUGGCCUCAAUGACACAACAACAGUCAAGGUGAUGAUAUGGGAAAGCAGAGAUGUUGUGGUGAUUUCUCUGAACCAGGAGAUUGGCACUGUGCAGAACAAAUCCCUCGAGAUGAAGGAAGCUCUAGAGAGGGCCCUCGGCUGGUCUGUGAACAUCAUCAGUGUGAGCAGCAGCAGGGGCGUGUUGGCCCUGAGUCGCACCAUAGAGAUCCACACACUCCAAGGAAAGAACACUCCAAGGACCUACGUCAGUUUUAUAGCCACGGAAACCAAUGGAACCAAUGUCAUACCAAAAGAGACCGUUCAAACUAAACUACUGGAUGAUGAGGAGAAUGUUCUGGCAGAGAUGCAGCAGGUCUUUGGCCCAAGUUUGCGGUAUGAGGUUGUGGAUGACGGCAGUUUAAGCACACCAAACAUCCCAAUCAUCUUGGGAACAGUGAUACCAGUGAUUAUUAUUGUUUCAGCCAUCUCCAUUUGGUGUGUACACAAAAAAUUUCAAUCAAACACAAAGAAACAACACUCAGACAUGCAUCUGUCGAAUAUUGGAGGUGUGGACACCACAGACUAUACUGGAGACACAAGUGAUUUAGCAGGAGACACGGACUCUAUGAGAGAAGGCCCUAACUUAGCAGGAGACACGGACUCUAUGAGAGAAGGCCCUAAUUUAGCAGGAGACACUGACUCUAUGAGAGAAGGCCCUAAUUUAGCAGGAGACACGGACUCUAUGAGAGAAGGCCCUAAUUUUUGAUUUAGCAGGAGACACGGACUCUAUGAGAGAAGGCCCUAAUUUUUGAUUUAGCAGGAGACACAGGAGAACCUGAUGUCGGAUUUUGCUGCAGACAAGACAUAGUCUCCAGAGGAACUGCAACUGAAGCCUCCACAUACUGUACACACUUGUUUUAAAAUGCAUUCCCUUUUACUAUGUUUACACCUGACAUCCAUUCCGCUAAUGUUAUUAUUUAUAUGCGUAUAUAUUAUUAAGAGCAUUUAUCAAAAUACAAUAAAGGUUGUAUCAGCGAUUGCAGGCCCAAACAUAAA